CGAGGUUUUCUAUUAUUUCAGGGAUUCGCUCUCAGGUGACUUGCCUUUUCCUACAUUAGCCAAACGUUCGACUGUGUUGCCGAGACGUUUCAGGAAUUGUCGUCGUGUGCUUCGCUGUGGUCGCCGAACCUGCUGGAGUCCUUGUGGCUUGGAUUAUAUUUUCGAUUUCGUGGAUUAUUUAUAACUGGCCUUGAUUGCGGGGUGAAGGCAGAAAUCCGACUGUACUGAUCGACUGGCAGUUACUCAAGUUUGAGAUUGGAAGAAUUUUUUUUUUUCAUUGGAGGUUGGGUCACCCACGCUUUCUCCUUCAAUGUGAAAGUUCAGGUAGAAGACGAUAGGGCUUGUUUUACAGGCACAAAUAAGUUUCUGAACUGCUAAGAUGCCAACGAUACGACUGUGGCUAAGUGUCGUCUGCUUCUUCUGCGGUCUGGGCGCGGCACGUGGUGUGGCCUCGUAUGUGAAGGCCAUCUGUGACCGCAAUCCCAUCCACACCACGGCACUCAAAACACACGGUGACAAUGGAUUUAAAAUUUCACUGGAAGGACAGGAGGCAGCACAUUCACCUGACAAAUAUCGACCCGGCCAGACUUAUACAGUCGUGGUCAACGGAUCAACUCCUGGCCAGAAAAUGUUGGGUGUCAUCCUCACUGCCACCGCUGAGAACUCCAACGAGACAGAGUCCCUCGGCACCUUUGAUGUGAAAAGAAACGGUCAGGUUUACGAUCUAAGCGAUGAAAAGAUCUGCGACACCCACGUCAUAUCACACCGUUACCUGGUCCACAAGAAUGGCGUCAGCUUUACCUGGAUAGCACCUGACUCUGGCUCGCCCUGCGUCGAGUUCAAGGCCACCGUGAUCGAGCACCCGGACAUCUGGUACAGGGACGAAGGGGGACUCACAAAGGUCAUCUGCGAAGAAUUGACCCAGCAGGACGAGGCGGAUGUGGUGACGGCAGACGGCCCGCCGCCCAACACGGCGGAAGUGGACGAGUGCUGCGCGUGCGGUCACGCCAUGUACAGCGUCGAGUUCAAGGGUCUGUGGUCACGCCAGACGCACCCCAAGCAGUUCCCCAGUGCCAAAAAUGCCUACCUGCUGCACUGGUCCAAUAUCGUGGGCGCCACCCAUGGCAACGACUACCGGGUGUGGGAGUAUGACCAGUAUGCUAGCCGCGCUGUCAAGGAGGUGUGCGAGUUCGGCUCCUCCCGCUCGCUCGAGAACGACAUGAAGGACAAUAGCGAGAAGAUCCGGACGGUGAUCAAGACCAAGUCCCUGUGGGGACCAGAAAACAUCUUGGGCUCGGUCAAGGCUGUGUUCACCGUCAACAAGAAAAAGCAUCUACUGUCUCUUCUUACUAUGAUCGGACCCAGUCCAGACUGGUGUGUAGGAGUCAGUGGGUUGACCAUGUGUCAGACUAACUGUACAUGGGCGGACCACAUGGAAAUUGACCUUUACCCCUGGGACGCAGGCACCGACAGUGGCAUCACCUACAUGUCUCGCAACAUCGUGACCGAACCUCCCGAGAAGAUCCACCGCAUCACCAGCUCCUACCCCAACAACCGAGAAUCGCCGUUCUACGGGGAGCCGCUCAAGCCCAUGGCGCGCCUCGUCAUCAGCAAGAACAAGGAGGCCUGCACGACCGACAGCGGCGAGUCGACCUCCGCCGAGAACUCGCCCAGCACGGAGGAGCUGGUCAGCAUGAUGAAGAAGAAGAUGAUGGCCUUGAAAAAACUUGAGAUUGAGAAAUGCGCCACCAGCCAGUGGACGGACUGGGAGCCCUGCUCCAACCCCUGCGGCAACGGGAUGCGAGCUCGACGGCGCAUGCUCAAGAACCCGGGCAUCCUCGAGUCCAUGUGCAAUGUGGAGCUGAUGGAGAAGGAGACGUGCGUUGGUGACUGCAAGGACGCGGGCCGCCGGAAGAAGAUCUCCGACGACUUCGUCAUGCGCAUCGACGACACCGAGCGCGACCCCGACGACCUGUGCGCCGUGACUGGCUGGUCAGAGUGGUCUCCCUGCAGCGAGACUUGCGGCCUUGAUGAAGGAAGAUGGCGGAUGUUCCUGAGCCGCUCCGAGAAGACCGUGGACUGCGGCGUGCACCUGAUGGAGAAGGACUUGUGCCGCGGCGAGAUCAUGGACUGCAGGAAGGCUCUCAUGAUGAAGAACUUUACAGCAAUCUGCAGCAUGGACGCUGACGUGGGGCCGUGCAGAGGCAACUUCCCUCGCUGGUUCUACAACAGCUCCAUGGAGAAGUGCCAGGUCUUCGACUACGGCGGCUGUCGUGGCAACGAGAACCGCUUCGACACCGAGGAAGAGUGUGUCGAGCUCUGCGCAGAGCACAUGGCAGACAUGCAGAGGACAGAGUUCAUGGGAGAGAAGCAAGCUCUGAUGGACAAGCUGGCGGAGAUGGAGAAGCAGGCUAUGAUGGAGAAACAGGCCAUGAUGGAGAAGCAGGCCAUGAUGGAGAAACAAGCUGCCAUGUCGGACAAGGAAAAGCAGAUGGAGGUGGACGCUCAGAUGAAGGAAGUCAUGAUGCAGAAGCAGAAAAUUGACAGCAUGGGUGAUGACGUCAAUGGUGACGACAUUAAGGUGGCGCUGAUGAAGGUGCAGAACCUCAUGGAGCAGACGGAGGCCAUGGAGAUGGAGUCCAAAGCCAAGAUGCUGAUGGUGCGCGAGCAGAAGCGGCUGCUGCGGAAGCUGAAACGCAAGCAGAAGCGCGUGGACAACCUGCGACAGGGCCGCACGCGGCGUCGGCGGCAGAGGAAGCAGCACGACCGGGCGGUGGUGGACUGCAUGGUGACGCCUUGGACCACGUGGUCUGCCUGCUCUGCCACCUGCGGCAAGGGCACGACGAGCAGGUCCCGGAUGAUCAAGGUACAGGCCGAGGACGGCGGCAGGAAGUGUCCACGGCGCCUGGUCAAAACCAAGCCAUGCAUGACCGACUCGGAUUGUCCUGUUGACUGUGAGAUGGGGGAGUGGAGCGAGUGGUCGCAGUGCACGGAGACUUGCGGCGACAACGCAGUGCAGAUGCGGCAGCGGGAGCGCGUGCAGAAGCCCAAGCGAGGCGGCCAGGCCUGCCCUGCCGCACGACAGAAACGCUUUUGCAGUUUGCCCAUGUGUCCGGACUCCGAUAUGGAAAGGAAAAUGAAUUACUUCAUGAUGUUCCAUCGCCGAUACUAAUCUAAAACACAGCAAAUCCUUCCUGCUGAUCUGUAACUGUACGUGACUGUGUGCUGCCAGAACUGAUCCUAUGCCAUCCCAUCUGCUGUGGUUGUCUGCCUGACAGUCUCACCACUCAGUCACCCUGCCUGCUGUAGCAGUGCCUGUUCACACCCAGAAACAGUCUCCAUCUGCAGCAUGGGAUUGUGUGAAAAAAUGGACUAUGCAAAAUUAGUUGGACUGAGCACAGGCAGUUUUUCUUUUUGUCAAUGGCUGAACCAAUAAAUUUAAAAAGUAUGAAAGAAGACAUUAAAUAGGAACGUACCAACCUUUAAAAGUGAAAAAAAUGCCUUCCUAAACUGCUUCUCUGAAGAUGUCGGCUGGACAAUUUUUAGUGGAUGAAAUAGAAGUGAAAUAGAUGCUAUUCAUCAACUGUUGCAAGAUUUACAACUUCUAAACAUAUGAUAGGCAUUCAGGAAUUUCCUGCAGUUUUCUGCUCAGCCAUUAACAAAAUGAAAGCUGCUACACACUGGUUCCUGCUUGUGUUUUGAUCAUGACUUUGUAUAUUAAUCCUUUGAAGAUAUUUGUCUUCUGUAAGGUGAGCACGUAAGUGCAUUCAUAACACAGAAUGGUACAGGGUAUACUCACAUAGAAAAAAGGGGCAGGUUUGUAGUGCUUUCUGCUUGUCAGAAACUCUGUACAUAUGCCACCUCGGCUCUCUAGAAAGCAGAUGACCACACACCCUCUGGUGCACAUGGUGUGCUGUGGAACUGCUGGUCUGCACCAGAGACAAACUCUCAAAGCCUUGCAUCAUCUAGUGCCUAAGUGCAGGUAGUUGUGUCAGCUGAUGUGUUCUUGGCAUGCCAGCAUGCAUUUACAAUUUGGCAUGCAGUUGUUAACUGUUCUCUGCUUGCCCUUCAGCUUUUGGCAUGUAUUUUGACAUAAUGGACUGCACGCCAACACACACUGGCAUGCACUCUGACAUGGUUCUCUGCAUGCAGAUUCACACUAAAUAACUUCGUUUUCUUUGUACAUUAUUGUGUCCCUUGUCCAAAGAUAUUUUUUCAAAGAAACAAUGAGUCCUUUGAAAAUCAAAUGACACCUUUGUAAGUUAAUAUCUGAUGUAUAUUUAAGGUGAUUUAAAAAAAAAUUACCUUCUCUUUAAGUAAUGAUGCAGGCUUUGGCCAUUGUUGUCUCAAAGACUUGCAGUUGACUGCUGUCUUGACAACCUGCCCCACAAAAAAAAUUAUUCAUGAUAAUUGAUGUGUAUCAAACCAAAUGCAUUUUAGAUGUUAGACCUUGCUGGCAAGACCUUUACACACAAGGUGCUCUCUGUCCAUAAUGUUCUGUGAGCAGCACUCUCUUUCUCUGCAAUCUGUUUAUUAUUCAGGGUCUCUGUGUGAACCAUUAUAGGACUCUCACUAUAAUACACCAGUGCAUACACA